CACUGGCCGUCGCGCCGCCCUGCUUCCGCCACAGCCGUGGCGGUGGUCACAUAUAAAAGGGCAGCUCGCCUCUCUACUACCACUGCUCUCCCGGCCUCUUCCUCGAGCUCAGACACGUCAUGCUCCGAUUUGUGGUGCUCGCAGCCCUGGCGGCCGUGGCCGCGGCCCAGCAUGGCCAGUACGUGCCAAGCAAGCAGGCGGCCAUCCUCAGCGAGGCUCGCUACCUCAGCGGAAACGGAAACUUCGGUGCCGCUUACACGCAGGAGGAUGGAACCGACUUCAAGGAAGAGACCGACGCCGACGGCACCCGCCGUGGCUCCUACAGCUACAUCGAUCCCAACGGCCAGCGCCGCACCAUCUCCUACACCGCCGGCAAGGACGGAUUCAAGGCUACCGGAGACCACAUCCCCGUCGCCCCUAAGGCCGCCAAGUCCGUUGCCCCCCAGCCUCAGUACCAGCCCCAGCCCCAGUACCAGCCUCAGCAGUACCAGGCGCAGCCCCAGUACCAGGCACAGCCCCAGUACCAGGAGCACCAGUGGGACCAGUCCGGCCAGUACAACCCCCCUGCCAACGAGGAAUGGAGCCAGCAGCCCGCCGGCGUGCAGAAUGCACCCGCUUUCAACGCCAAGCACAUCACCGACCCUCUGUGGAAUGCCCACACCCAGCCCCAUUGGGCCCAGCAGGCGCAGCAGCCCCAGAGGAGCCUGAACGCCAUCCCCGACUACGAGACCACCCCCACCCCCAACAGGCACUUCCACCCUCCUGGCAAGCUCAGCCUGAGCAGGAGCAACGACGGAUUCAGCUACACCUUCAACAAGAACUAAAAACAUCUUUCUCCAUUAUUCUCUUGCUGUUCCUAUGCAGGACUAUAUAAAAAUGUGUUAUAAGUAGUUGAGGCCUGUGUGGAUGGGCGAUGACUGAAAGCGCGCGUGUACAUAAAAUAUUUUUGACGUCACUAUAGAGUGAAAAUAAAAAAUAAUUUACAAACAGAA